CUAGCUGUACGUACUCAACAAAAUAAAGUAAAGAGAGAGAUGAGAGAAUUUUGUUCAUGCGUUAAUUUUCUUGCUUUUUCUUUCAUAGCUUUCUUGGCUCUCACAAAUCAAGACGAUGUUGCUUUAUCAUGGUCAUGGACCCCUUCUUCUCUCCGAGUUGUUGCUUCCCUUCCUAACCCUAAAACAGCUCUCUACCCAACUUUCAAUAAUGCAAAAAUGGAUAGAGCAGUGAAGAAUCUGAAAAAGGACUUGAAAACAGAAACAAAGUUGAGAAGAGGGAAGAAGAAAGAUGAGAAUAUGGAGAAGAUAGAAGCAGGUCUUACAAAAGCCAGGUCUUUAAUAAGAGAAACAAUUCUCAAUGGUAGCAAUGAGUCCCCAUAUGAAGAUGCAGAUUAUGUUCCUCAAGGAGAUGUUUACAGAAAUGCUCAUGCCUUUCACAGGAGUUACUUGCUAAUGGAGAAACUAUUCAAAGUUUAUGUAUAUGAAGAAGGAGAACCCCCUUUAUUUCACUACGGCCCUUGCAAGAAUAUAUACUCAAUGGAAGGGAUGUUCAUUAACCUAAUGGAAACAAACACCCAUUUUCGGACUCUUAAUCCUGACAAUGCUCAUGUCUAUUUCCUUCCUUUUAGUGUUGUUAUGAUCAUUGAACACCUUUUUGAUCCAAUCAUUUGUGAUAAGGCCGUGUUGGAACGCAUAGUUCGUGAUUAUGUUCAUACUGUGUCGACAAAAUACCCCUAUUGGAAUAGAAGUCUUGGAGCUGAUCAUUUUAUGCUUUCAUGCCAUGAUUGGGGGCCUCGAGCUACAUGGUACAUCCAUCAAAUGUAUUUCACUUCCAUACGAGUGUUAUGCAAUGCCAAUACAUCUGAGUUCUUCAAUCCAAGAAAAGACGUACCACUUCCAGAAAUUAAUCUCCUUACUGGAAACAUUACUGGACUUAUUUCAGCAUUGCCAAAAUCAAACAAGACAAUACUAGGAUUCUUCGCAGGACGUUCGCACGGUCGAAUUCGUCCUAUACUUUUUCAACUCUGGGAAGAAAAAGAUGAAGAUAUAAGAGUAUAUAGCAAAAUUCCAGAACAAUUAUCUUAUGUUGAAAUGAUGAAGAGAAGCAAAUUUUGCCUAUGUCCUAGUGGUUAUGAAGUGGCAAGUCCAAGAAUUGUGGAGGCAAUUUAUGCAGAGUGUGUUCCAGUUUUGAUUUCACAAAAUUAUGUGUUGCCUUUUAGUGAUGUGCUUGAUUGGGACAAAUUUUCAGUUCAAGUUUCAGUGAGUGAAUUGCCAAAAUUGAAAGAUAUUUUACUAGGAAUUUCUGAGGAAAGAUAUGGAAAGUUGCUAGAGGGAGUGAGUCAAGUACAGAGGCACUUUGUGGUAAAUGAUCCACCGAAGAGAUAUGAUGUGUUCCACAUGAUUAUUCACUCUAUAUGGUUGAGGAGAUUGAAUGUCAGAAUACAUGGUUAGGUUAUUGAGUUUCCAAAUCAUGGUGCCUUUGAAAUGGAACACUACAAUCAGAAUUUUAGUUAGAAGCAAUGGAAAGUUACAUAU